CCUGGUGACUUACUCUAUCUUCAUUUCUCAGCUUCAUUUUGUUAGAACAAAUUUCCUCGCCCUCUUCUCCUAGGCCGCCUGCCAGCGCCGCACCCACUCCCGCCCCUGCCUGCACCCCACCCACUUCCUGGGGACUCCCGAGCCCACGCCCACAUCCCUUACCUCCAAGGGGCAAGGAAGCUGCUGACUUAGGUUCCCACGUGGAGCAAUCAGAUGCUGCUGGAGAACUCCCCGCAUUGCAGGCUCCAGACAAACGACCUGGCCCCUCCCCCGUGGACGCCUACACUGCUCUUUGUUUUCUAACUCCAGAGUUCCCAGUCUCGGGGUUGUGCCUUGCAAAUACCUGGGAAACUCUUCUAGCUAAUGCCUGGGCCCCACCCAACCCAGAAAUUCCCAUCUAAUACUCUGAGGUGCAGCCUAGGCAUUGAAACGUUAAGCCUAAGAGAAAUCCGGCGCUCGCAUCCAGUUUCCACCACCGAAUUUCCAGCUUCUUAAAUCUGCGGGUCCAGCAAAAGAAGAUAGGAGUGCGGCCCACGUCGCCUGCUGGGGCUACUGCCGGCCCCACCCCCGGCGCUGCCGCGGCCGUCCCGCCCUUGGACUUGGCCUCGGGCAGCACCUGGGUAAACACCUGAACCUCGCUGAGUUACGAGGCAGGGACUCGGGUGCCUGGGACAGACAAGGCCUGCUUCUCCGCGGGCAGCUAAGGAGAGUGUCCUGGGUGUCAGCCAGAAGAUGUCUUUCAACCUGCAAUCAUCAAAGAAACUGUUCAUUUUCUUAGGAAAAUCACUGUUUACUCUUCUGGAGGCUGUGAUUUUUGCCUUACUCCCAAAGCAACAGAAGAACGUUGCUGGUGAAAUAGUCCUCAUCACAGGUGCUGGAAGUGGACUCGGAAGGCUCUUAGCUUUGCAGUUUGCCCGACGGGGAUCUGUGCUUGUUCUCUGGGAUGUCAAUAAGGAGGGGAAUGAGGAAACAUGUAAGAUGGCUCAGGAAGCUGGGGUCACAAGAGUGCACGCCUAUACUUGCGAUUGCAGCCAAAAGGAAGAAGUGUAUAGAGUAGCCGAUCAGGUUAAAAAAGAAGUCGGCGAUGUUUCCAUCCUAAUCAACAAUGCCGGUAUCGUAACAGGCAAAAAUUUCCUUGACUGUCCAGAUGAGCUUAUGGAAAAGUCAUUUGAUGUGAAUUUCAAAGCACAUUUAUGGACUUAUAAAGCCUUUCUACCUGCUAUGAUUGCUAAUGACCAUGGACAUUUGGUUUGCAUUUCAAGUUCAGCUGGAUUAGUUGGAGUAAAUGGGCUGGCAGAUUAUUGUGCAAGUAAAUUUGCAGCCUUUGGGCUUGCUGAAUCUGUAUUUGUAGAAACAUUUGUCCAAAAUCAAAAGGGGAUCAAAACCACAAUUGUGUGCCCCUUUUUUAUAAAAACUGGAAUGUUUGAAGGUUGUACUACAGUCUGUCCUUCUCUGUUGCCAAUUCUGGAACCAGAAUAUGCCGCGGAAAAAAUAGUAGAAGCUAUUCUACAAGAAAAAAUGUACUUCUAUAUGCCAAAGUUUUUAUACUUCAUGAUGUUUCUUAAAAGCUUUUUGCCCCUCAAGACAGUACUGCUUAUAGGUGACUAUCUUGACAUCUUUCAUGCAAUGGAUGGCUUUCUUGAACGAAAGAAGAAGCUCUAAAGACCAACUCGAUGGCUGAGGUCAUCUGAUACACAAUGUUACAUAAUGUGUACUUCAGUGAAGAAAAGUAUUUUUGUCUGACAGUGGAAUAUAUCUGGAGACCACAAGUACCACUCCUGUUCUGUUAUCUGGACUAGAAUUUUCAACCAAUGCAUUUGAAAAUAAUGUUGCUAUCACCUAUUUGGUUGAGUUUUGGUUUUUUCUUUUGCUAUUUGUUUUCCAAAAAUAAAGACAGUCUAUUUUUGUCAUUUCCAUUCACCACAGAUGUAAGAAAGUGAUAAGCCAUGGCCACAAGCUGCCCUGAGCUUUUUGGUCGUUGGGGAGGUGGCUCAAAUGGAGCCGGUGGCUGUGGUUAACCUGUACUGGGGAGCAGGGCUGAGGGGCAAAGAGGACAUGUGGGUAUCCAGUCAGAAUGCCCUCUCUCCAGAGGACACACAGCUCUGGAUUCCCACCUCCUUGCUCUCCGCUCUGGCCUUUUGAACCUGUACCACCUAAUGUAGAAAAGCCCCGCCUCUAAUGCCCUUCUUUCCAAAACAGCUACACAAAUACUUAUUUCUGAAUGCCCUCCUGGAUAUGCAGACUGAGUGCCAGUCUGGCUAAAGGCCCAUCCAGCACCAUUGUCCCCAAGAGCCUUACUGGGCAUUCCCUGAACCCCCCUCAUAGGCGGUGAUCCUAGAUCAAACUCUUAAAUCAAAUCACUUUUGUUUCCUAGAAGAGAUCAAAGAGUGGUUGCUUCUUAUUUUGAAGAUGAAAUUCUACCAAGUUAGGUUUUUUGCUAUCUAUUGAUCCAAAAAAUAUAUUCAUGCAAUUAAUUUUAAGUGUUUAACUUAGUAUUUCAAGUUGGGAUGCAGGUUGAGGCGUUUUCCUGCAGAAUGGGCAAUUUUAUGCAUUUACAUUCAUCAGUGCUGCCCUCACUUCGGAUCUAUUGUAUUCUUACAGUUUAAUCAACUGGCAAAGUGCUUUCAUGCUUUGGAGAUUAACUACAAAAGCAAGAUUAAGAAAAAUAUGUUAAUUACCAUAUCCCUGGAACUCCUUCUCAGGCUGGCGGGGGCAGCCUUGCAAGAGAAACAGCAGCCUUUGUCACUUCCCUCUUGUGGGGAGCAAGGAAGGGAUGAGCGGUACCUUGGGAGACCCUGUAAAAGUCUAAAGAAUUGCGAAUUUCACUAUCUUGGGGGUAAAAUGCUGUCAUAGGGGCAGUGAUCUCAGGGAGUGUAAACUCUGGAAUCCACUGCGGUCUGAUUUACCUUGAGUGGCCUCCACAAACAUGACAGCUCUGUCCCAUAUUUCCCUUCCAUUCAGAAAGCCUUAAAAAAAAAUUUGUUUUAUGAUAAUACUAUAACAAUCAUAACUCAACAUUUACUGUGUCUGGCAGCAAAUUAAGUAUUUGACAAAUGUUAUUUCAUUAAACAAGACUGUCAAUCAUUACUCAAAGAAUGAUGAAGGUAUUUGGUGUAUGCCAAAGAAUAAAGGCGUUUUAUUUCA